ACCAAACCGUAAUCUUCCCAAAUCAAUUAUCCCCAUCUUCUGGGAAGAUUCUCAUGCUGUUCUGCAGGAUGACAUAUACGACAAACUUUGGAUGGGAUUUGUGCUUGUGCCAAAAUUGAUGCGAUUUAUUGAGUUCGUACUACUGGGGAUUGGAGUCGUGUUAUUUCUGCUUGUGCAGUAUAUGGUAGUGUGACU